CUUCAAAACUCGAUUUGUUUGGAUCUGCGAGCCAUCUGCGCUCACGUUUGAAAAUUUAAUUAUUAUUCUGCAGUGUUUUUAGUGAAAAAGUUACUAUUUUAGAAAGUUAUUUUUGAUUUUACAGUCAGAUUUGUUGGAAUAUGAAGUGAGUUUGAGUUAGUACUUUUAAUUAUGGAAAGUCACGACGAAGAGGGUGACACAAGAGAUGUGGGUUGCUCCUCGUCCGAGCAAAUCGAUGUCGAUACCCGGCUGAAGGCGAUCAAUCGGGAACUGGAUGAAAUCAGCACCGAACUGAGCCGGCUCAACGCCCGCCGAAAGAAGCUGCUCGAUCUGAAGGAGAAACUGCGCAUCCAGAAGCAGCAGGAACAGUCCAGCAUCAUCGCCAAGAAGGACUGGGAAUCCGAGGAGUUCAGCUGGUCCAAGGAGACCCGCCGAGUGCUGAAAGAGGUCUUCCACAUGCGGGAUUUCCGGGCACAACAACUGGCCACAAUCAAUGCUCUGCUGGCGAAGCAGAACGUUUUGCUGCUGGCACCGACCGGAGGGGGCAAGAGUUUGUGCUACCAGCUUCCGGCGGUGGUGAGCAAAGGCAUUACGCUGGUCGUGUCGCCGCUGAUUUCUCUGAUGGAGGACCAGGUUUGGGCGCUGAAGAAGCUGGGAAUCAAGGCGGAGUAUCUUUGUGGAACUUCUGAGAAGGAGCUGGUCAGUUCGGUGCACAAAUGUCUGCGGGAAGGCGACGAUGACAGCUUGAAGUUGCUGUUCGUUACUCCCGAGAGGAUCAACCGAAGUGCUCGGUUUAAGACCGCGUUGCAGAAGUGUUACAACGUUAAGAAGUUGGCCCAGAUUGCAAUCGAUGAGGUCCAUUGCUGCUCGCAAUGGGGUCACGAUUUCCGAACGGACUACAAAGAGCUGGGUAUCUUCAAGACGUUGUUCCCGGAUGUGCCCAUUUUGGGAGUAACGGCGACGGCCACCACCAAGGUCAUCUCCGACGUGCAGAAGAUGCUUCAGCUCAGCGAAUGUCUAACGCUGAAUGCUCCCUUCAAUAGGCCCAAUCUCUACUACCACGUGCUGGAGAAGCCGACCGACAAGGAGGAGCUCUACGACCUGCUGGCGGAUCUGUUGAAGCGGAAGUAUCACCGAAUGAGUGGUAUCAUCUACACUUUUACGGUCAAAGAGACGGCGGAAAUUUCGACGGAGUUGCUGCAGCGGGAGGUAAAGGUUCUGCCAUACCACGGUCAAAACAUGGACCCCAAACAGAGGAGCAAAACCCACCAGAAGUGGAUCGACAACGAGAUCCAAGCGGUGGUGGCCACAACGGCCUUCGGAAUGGGUAUCGAUAAGCCGGAUGUUCGGUUUGUGAUCCAUCAUACUUUGAGUAAAACGAUGGAGAACUUCUAUCAGGAGAGUGGCCGAGCUGGACGCGAUGGGAAGCGAGCGGAUUGUAUACUACUGUAUCGGUUUACGGAUAUGUUCCGGAUAUCGACGAUGUCGUUUUCGGAGUAUGGUGGACUGGAUAAUUUGUACUCCAUGGUGAAGUACUGCAUCAACGGAAAAGACUGUCGACGAUUGCUCAUCUCGCGCCACUUCGCCGAUGUCUGGGAUGACACGCAUUGCGAUAAGCUGUGCGACCGGUGCUUCUUCCGGGAUAAGGUUCAACUGCCAGAGCAGGACAUCACCACUCACUACCACACGCUGCUGGCCAUCAUCCGGCGGGCGGAAACUUUGCAGACCAAACUGACCGCGUUGAAACUGGUGGACGCAUGGUACCACAAAGGAAGCCCCAAGAAUCGUCUGGAAACGCCUCCACCGCUGCUAGAUCGAUUCAUCGGCGAGCAGAUUGUGGCGUUUCUGAUUGUGAACGGGUAUCUGAAGGAGGACUUCCAAAUCACUCCCUACUCGACGUUCAGCUACAUCGUGAGAGGACCGGCCAUACCCAACACCGACAGCCUGCGCUUCCAAGGAGCCCGAGUGCUUCGAGUCCCGAAGGAUUCCCUGAAAUCGAUCAUGCGAAAUGAAUCGACGGCGGUGUCCACCACAACGUCCACGUCCGAAGAUGUCCAACUGGUGUCCGUCACAUCGAGUACGAGCUUCAACGGCAGUCGUACUGUCUUCCGAACGAGCACUCCCAAGAGAAAAGUCGUUGAAAGCAGCGAUCGGGACGAGACAUGCUCGAUAAGGAGCGACGCGAGUGAAGCCAGCCAUCUCAGCAGUACGCAUCUGAAUGGCCACAAACGGAAGGGGGAAAGCAAACGACGGAAAACCGGGUCGGUAGGGAGCACCUUUAGUCAGACCAAGGAAGAUACGAACGUAUCGAAAAGCUUGAACGAAACAACGCUCACCAAGACCGAGUCCUCCAGCACGAAGGACGACGACGACGAGGAUGUUCUUUUCGUUCCAAACGAUGAUGAAGUCAUUGAAAUUCUGUAGUUUGUGAAAAUGUUAUUUUUUUGCUCUUAAUGAAAUGAACUUUAUGGUCAAACCUA